AAUCUGUGAUUAAAUACGGUAAAAUCUGGCUGUUCUAUCUUGACCAAUGAUGAAAUUGAUGUGAGUGGUAUUGUACCGUGACUAUCAGUUAUAAAGUUACGGAUAGCGUUUAGGAAUUGGCAGAUGUUAACCAAAUAUUGUCAAGGUUAAAUGUUAAUAUAUCAAGCUAUUCAAGAUUCUAGCGAAGAGAUGAACUAAAAUGAAGGGGGGUCGUAGAAUCAUGAAGCUGUCCACGAGGCCUAAACUAAUGCUCAUAUUGCUAGUGAUGACGUUGAUAUUUCUUGCCGACAGAAUGAUUUAUCGCAACGGUGAGGGGCAGGACAAUAUCGUAGAUGAAAUGACAAAGAAACAGGCCGAAAAGGAGAAGACGCUGGCAGAAAUAAAAAGAAUAUCUCAGAAAUUUUCUGCCUUCAGCAAGAAGUAUAAUUCACAGAGUUAUAAGGCAAAUGUCCUUAAUAAUUCCUUUACUGUAGCAGAUCUACGUGCAAUAAACAAUAACCCAAAUAGGAUAUCUAAUACAGAAGUUUCUAGUAAAAAAACAUCGAGAACAAAUGAAGAACUUGAAUCUGUAACAAGCUAUCAAUUAUACAUUGAAGACGCUGAUCAGUUAGAACUUGAUCAUCCCUUGGUGAAUUUACAUCGAUAUGAGUAUAUCUUAAACAACGAGAAUUCUUGCAAGGAGAAUAUUCUGGUACUUAUCCUUGUUAAUAUUGCUCCUAACAAGGUAAAUGAGAGAGACCAAAUUCGAAAUACGUGGGGAUCAAUUACAAAGGUUUCCGGAGCAAGCGUCGUGACGUUGUUUGUGGUAGCACAAACUCCGGAUGGUAAAAUACAAACUCAACUUGAAUAUGAGAGUGAACAACACAGGGACAUCAUUCAGGGCAACUUUCUAGACUCCUACAGAAACCUCACCAUAAAAAGUGUCAUGGACUUGGACUGGGUCCACAGAUUUUGCAACAAGACGAAAUUUAUUCUAAAGGUUGAUGACGAUACGAUGGUUGAUGUGUAUCAUUUAGUUAAGUUCCUGUUACAAAAAUCUCCCGAUGGCAACACGCGAAACUUUUUGUAUUGUUCGUCGUUCAAAAAUCAAGGACCAGUACGGUAUCCGGAUGACAAAUGGUUCGUUCCAAAGCACGAAUACCCAUAUUCUAAGUACCCGACAUACUGUGAAGGUUUCGCGUACAUCAUGUCCUACGACGUCAGUAUGCAACUUUACAAUGCAUCAACGCAAGUGAAAUUUUACUGGAUCGAUGAUGUUUACAUCACGGGAUUUGCUGCGUAUAAAGCGGGCGUGCGUCAUAUCGAUAUGGAACAUGGUCAUGGGUACAAUAUGCUUCAGACCGAACACUUGUCGAAAAACGUUAAAUCAUCGAUGUUUCUAUUAGCUAAAUACGCUGGAAUGCGAAAAAAUUGGGACAUGGCUUGGAAUGAUAUUAAGUCAUUACACCAGCUUGAUUAAUGAGCAUUGCAUCGGAUGCGUAUAUGACGAACAAAACAUGUCAUGAAAGGGUGAUAUGUUUGUGGAAGAACACACAAUUAACCCAUUUUUGCCUAGCGUCUAGAAAAAAGCAUUGGCAAACAGCGUAGACCCAGA